GUCAGAUUUGACGUACAAAAAAGGAAUAUUUAAAGAAUGAUAAACUUUUUGUCAAAGUUGCUUCAUUAUCUUUUUUGAAAUAGGGUUACUUGUUUUAUUAUAACAAUGCCUGUGCCGGGUGGUAUGUACCAGAAUCAAGGCCCUACUUGCUUUGACAAAAUGAAAAUGGGAUUCAUGAUAGGUUUUUGCGUUGGAAUGGCAAGUGGAGGCCUCUUCGGCGGAUUCACUGCAUUGAGAUAUGGUGCAAGAGGGCGCGAACUUGUGCAUUCGGUUGGAAAAGUGAUGCUUCAAGGUGGAGGAACAUUUGGCACAUUUAUGGCCAUUGGAACUGGCAUCCGAUGCUAAUAUUACACACACUAAAAUUUAGGAAUUUCAAAACUCAACUUGUAUAUAAUUUGAAGUAGAUAUUUUAUCCAUAAUUUAAUUAAUAAAGUUUGGUUAUAAGUUAUUA